GGUACAAAUGUUGAAGCUCAUAGUGAAAUUAGAAAAAUAAUAAUUAGAAACAAGAAACGAUCGAUUUGUACUAACACAUGUAUCCGCCACUUUGUGUGUAUGUCCUAUCUGUGACAACAAACCAACUUCACAUCUUUUAAAAAUCACCCGAAACAAAGUGACUUGGGCCCCUAGGAUGACGUUUUUAACAUUGCGUGGUUGUUUGUGUGUAUUUUCGCUCGUGGCUUUUCGUGGAUAUUGUGAACUUUCAGAGAAGGAAACUAAUUUCCGAGAAGUUAAGAUAAUGCGAGAUAGACACAAAAGUUCUAACUUAAUUUUUACACAGAAGACACGUUCAAAAAUACAUUGUGGAUCUCGGUGCGUGUUAUGCCAAAGCUUUUCUUACAACCCCGUAACGUCUACCUGUCACGGAUAUGACGUCAUGAUAACGGACACAGCGUCAAGUGUUCCGUCAGGUGGUUGGAGGUCGUACAAUAAAGUUGAUUCUGAAUCGUCAAGCACAACUUUAUCUGUAACAACAGCGCCAUCUACAACUACAGCAGUGCCAUCUACAACUACAAUAGCGCCAUCUACAACUACGACAGCACCAUCUACAACAACAACAGCGCCAUCUACAACUACAACAGCGCUAUCUACAACUACCACUUUGGCAACAACAACGUCCACCACAGUAGCCCCUUGUGCAGUUUGUCCCCCAGAUUACAUAUGUAGAUCAAGUAUACUUUUCUGCUACAAAUAUUACGACACGAGAAAGAGUCGUCCGACGGCCGAGUCCUCCUGCGCUAGUGAAGGGGCGGAGCUGGCCAUCAUCGACAACGUCGAUAAAGACAAUGAAAUCCUGUCCUACAUAAGUACAAACUCGAUCACGGAGUUAUUCUACUGGGUACAAGGCGCCUACACCAACGGACAAUGGCGAUACAACGACGGCACCCCAAUGUCGUACUUCCGCUGGGCCCCAGAGCAUCCUCGGGUGAACCAAAUCCUGGCUUUCAACCGCGAUAACGGAUUUCACGGGGCCACGGAUGCGUAUGAUGACGUGUAUUUCUGUGAAAUCAGAUUGUAAGCCCAGAAUUACACAGGCACCGGAAGUGUGGGAUAGCGUGUACGGAGACCUUAUGUACAUAUUGUGUAACACCCAACAACACCCUCCCUUCUACUCAAUGAAAAAAUAAAUAUCGUAUCCAAAAUGCGUGAAUUCCCUGUCGAUCACCUUCAAAAUCCAGUUUCUACUUUCUGUAAGUUUCCGAGAUGAUCACCUGACUAUGCAGAACGACUUUUGAAGAUGAUUGGCGGGGAAAUCACAUACUUUUGAUAAAUUAUUGGUUCUAUAUUUUACGCCCGUCUUUAGACGGACGUAUCAUGGUACAGUGAUAUCCGUCCGUCUGUCUGUUCGGGGUUUUGUUUCUAAUUUCAUUUUCUUGUCACAAAUUUGUGGAUCAUUCUAGAUCAUGUUGCAAUUUUGAUCCAUUUCGACCUCUCUUGCAGGAGUUUUGCCCCUUUAUUUGAAAAUUAUUGUUAUAUGGAGGUUAUAUACUUUUUCCGGUUAAUUCCUCCCACAAUUUUCAAUUGAGGAUCAUCUUGUUUAACAGAGUGUAUGUAUGGAUAUUGAAGAUGUGCAUGUGGCAAGGCUUUUGAUUUUCUGUAUUAUUAUUUUUUUUAAUUUAUAAAAUUACAGGUUGUUGAA